AUGCCUUCCCCUCGUGAAUCUACUCGGCGCGUCGGCGCAACAAUACUUCGCACUCCUUCGCACGAAGCUGCUGAUCGCGAUGAGUUCGUGCGAAACAUGACCACGGCCGCUUACAAAGACUGGCCGAACAAGGCCGGGUUUGAUGGCCUCACAGAGGAGCGCGGCCCUAUACAGCUGACUAUCAGAGGGAAUAUUCCGGCCUGGGCAGCUGGCUCCCUCUAUCGGACUGGCCCCGGUGCAUGCAAGGUGGAGGGCACCCCAAGGGGAACAGAAUACGUCUCGCACUGGUUCGAUGGCUUCGCCCACACGCAUAGGUUCGACAUCCUUCCUCCGGAAGAGGGGACAGACGGUCCAGCGCGAGUUCUCUAUUCGUCCCGGCGGCAGGCGGAGCGGCUUGUUGAGGAUAUUCGAGCACGCGGAAUGGGUAGCCACUACUCCUUCGGUCAGCGCCGCGAUCCUUGUCUGGGCCUGUUUUCCAAGUUCAUGAGCGUCUUCCGAAGAUCCCCUCCAGACCUGCACAACGUCUCGGUCAUGGUCGACACCAACUGGCCAGGGUUUCCGGCCAGAACCAGAGCCAUCAAGGAAGAAGCAAAAGUCACAACUGGUGGCCAUCGCAGCGGAAUACAAAAUGUGUGGUUGACGACCGACGCGGCGCAGUUGGUCGAAAUCGACAGUGACACCCUCGAACCCAUUGGUGCGGCGAGGCAAACGGCGCUCCAUCCGGACCUCAAGGGGCCUCUUUCAUCCGCACAUGCCCAGCGCGAUCAUGAGACAGGAGACGCAUACAACUUUAAUCUAGAACUCGGAAAGACUUCCACAUACCGGAUUUUCCGGGUCAACGCAGCCACAGGAACCACGGACAUUCUUGCCACCGUUUCCGACCUUGUGCGGCCUAGCUAUAUCCACAGUUUCUUUCUCACCCCCAGCUUCGUCGUCCUGUGUAUCCCCGUGUCGCAUUAUGUGCUCAACGGCCUCACGAUGCCAUGGGAACGGAACAUCAUGAGCUCGAUUGAAGAGUUCGACGAGACCAAGCCUUGCAAAUGGCUCGUUGUCGACCGUCGCGGAAACAACGGUCUAGUCGCGGUAUUUGAAACGCCCGCCGGCUUUUUCUUCCACUCGGUCAACUCCUUCGAGGAGGCUACGGAAGACGGAACUGAAGUGUUCUGCGACUUCAUGGAGUAUCCUAACCAGGACAUUUUGAAGACCUUCUACUACGACGUCCUCCUCGACCGGGACGGCGCAACCGGCGCGUUCUGGAACGAGAAAAACAGGAUCCAGACGAUCCAGUCCCGCCUAGCCCGGUACCGGUUCCGAAUCCCGUCUCCCAAAUCGGGCGGCGGACCAGGUGGGCCUCACAAGGGCCGCGGCGUGCUCGUCUGGGCCAUCCCGUCCCCCCAUGCCGGCGAGCUACCGGUCGUCAACCCGGCCUACCAUUGCCGACGGUAUCGCUACGUCUACAGCGCGGCGAACCGCGGCCGCAGCACGCUCCUCGACAGCAUCGUCAAGACGGACACGGUGACGCGCGAGGCGCUGAUCUGGAGCGGGCCCCGGGGCCAUACGCCGGGGGAACCUAUUUUCGUGGCGCGGCCGGCGAAGGGGGGAGACGAGGAGGUUGCAGAGGAUGACGGCGUCCUUCUCAGCGUGGUGCUUGACGGGAGCGCGCAGCGGAGUUAUCUUCUCUGUCUGGAUGCAAAGACUCUCGAAGAGCUGGGUCGUGCUGAAUGUUCUUUCGCUGUACCUUUCGGGUUUCAUGGCGUUCAUGCGCCGGGUAGCAUGUAAUGAGGGAUGCAAUGACUUUGUUUUAUUUUUCUUCUCCUUUUUUAUUUAUUGUCAUUUUAUUUCUGGCGCAGGCAUGGAUAGGGUAGGGUUGGUGACGAGAUGCCUAUGGUCUAGGCUCGAGUGGGGAUUUCCAAGCAGGAAUCGAACUUUCGUGCGACUACUUUGUUGCUCGUGGUGAUGGCAUUCAUGGACCUCUCUCAUUGUUAAGAACACUGGGAGAUGUUCC